AGCUUGAACAACUGAAGAAACAAGUUCAAAGUCAAGGGGAUAUGAUCAAAGCACUUGGAAAACAAAAUCUAGGUGACCACUCCAAAUUAAUUUCUAUACCAUUAGCUAAUAUGCUAAACUAAUCUUCCCACAAGUUCGAGUAUACUGUAUAUUAAAAAGUGUAUAUUCGUUUUUUGCUCUAAUUUAAUUGUAAUCCUGCAGAUUUUAUGAAAAAUGUUGUCAACAAUUUUAUUAUAGCCUAUACAAUGUUUGUUGCUGUCACAUAUAUUAAGCCGUUUUAUAUUUUGCAGCUUGCUAUAUAUAGUUAUUCUUGCUAGUUAUUCAGUAAUAAAUAUAUAGUAAAUUCGUUAUCUUAAGGUUACAAAACACCUUGAUUUAAUAUUGGUAAAAAUUGAUAAAAAUCGGAGUGAUCGGACCAAUAUUGAGAGGGUAUAUGCAUGCAUGAGAAAGGAUUUUAUGCCCGAGAGCCGCGGCUCCCCUUUAAUUGAUAUUUACUAUCUGAUGGAGGUGGCAGAGUGCAUUAUAGGCGUGCGCGCCUCAGGUGAAUUGUUUCCGAUCAAGAGCUUUAAAUAAUAGCUUUUACAAGCAAAAGAAACCGAAACGAAAAUUUCUUAUGUUUUACAGAUAUUGCGAACCGCAUUGCCAUGUUACAUCCUUCAACUUGUUCAAUGUUGCGAAAACAAUGUCCUUCAUCAACAAGUGGAAUGUAUGAUUUCAAUCCUCAUGAAUGCAAGGCACUCAAUUCAUCAUCGUCGCCACAAGUAUACUGUGAUAUGACGUCAAAGAAUGGUGUUGGUGUGACAGUGAUUGGACAUGACAGUGAAUCGAGGACACUUGUGAAGGAACAUGAAUCUCCAGGUUCUUACAAGCGAGAUAUUAAAUAUAACAUUCCACUGGAACAGAUUCUUGCCAUUAUCAAUCAGUCCAAGAAUUGUGAGCAGUUUAUAAAAUAUGAAUGUUUCCAUAGUGUCCUUUGGUCAAAAGGAGGAACACAUUAUGGUUGGUGGGUAUCACGUCAAGGUUCACAGAUGAAUUACUGGGGUGGAGCGGCAGUCGACAGUGGAAAAUGUGCAUGUGGAAUGACCAACAGCUGUGUCGGCGGAGGAAGGUGUAAUUGUGACAAGAAUGACCAGGCUUGGCGUGCAGACAGUGGAUAUCUGACAGACAAGAAAACAUUGCCUGUUACUGAACUGAGAUUUGGAGAUACCGGUCAUACAAAAAAACCAUACAGAGAAUCAGGAUAUCACACAUUGGGAAAAUUGCGAUGCUGGGGUUAGGAUCGAAGAACGUAUUUUCAGGGAUAAUAUACUGAAACGUUAUUGAUUAGACGUUAAAAACACAUUUGAUUAGUAGUGUAGAAUGCGUUUUUGGUAGAUUUGGUAAAAGUGCUCAAUCAUAGCCUAAAUAGUUUAGCAAAAAAGUAUAGAACUCAAUAUGAAAUGAUUAUUAAUAGCUAACAAUGUGCACACUGUGGGUAGUUAUACCAGACUAUUCACUUCGUUCACAAAGUUAGUACCGUAUACUUAAUCAAUAUACAUAUGAAGCUUAUCAAACUUUAUAUAAACUUUAAAAUAACUCGGUCUGAAUUAUGUUUAAUCUAAAUAGAAUGAUACAAUUAACUGUCGCAUUGCAUGGAAUCUAAAUUGAAAAGAAU